AUGGAAACCAAGCGAAUGUUUGCUCUCAUCAUCGGAGUUAUCAUGGCCAUUCUUUCUCCUCUUAUCGUUUCAGGAAACGCAUUGAUUAUUCUCGUUGUUUGGAAAGACCCUCUGAGGAAUCUUCGCUCGUUCACCUCUACCUAUAUAUUGUUGUCAAUGGCCGUUGCAGACUUUUUAGUUGGUGCUAUCUUGUGCCCUUUAAAUUCUGAUUGGUCGCUGUUGAUCAGAGCAGGAGAUAAACCGUCUUUCUCCAUACGCGUGCCACUCACGAUAAAUGCCGUACUUACCAGCGUGUCCAUUGGCCAUGUAUUAUUACUGACAAUUGACAGACUAUUCGCAUUGCUUACACCGCUUCAAUAUCGUGUUAGAGUCACUAAUAGGCUCGUCUCCAUCACGGCUCUCACAAUUUGGGCUUACGCGCUGGCUUUGGGAGUUUUACACGCAACACUUACAGAACACUUCAUCAUAUUUUGCAUAAUUUACACAGCUCAGGUUCUUGUAUCAGCCACUGUUAUCAUUUCUAUAAAUGUUGUAAUUAUGCGUCACUUUCAAAGUCAUUCCACCAGAGACGCUGCUGCGAGAGGUUCCCUUUCGAUCCAUCAUCCCUUACACCGGGACAGGCAGCUCUUUAAAUCUAUUGCCUUGAUAGUUUGCAUAUUCUUGCUGUGCUUCACUCCGUGGUUUAUAAUUCAGUCAAUCAUGUAUUUCUUUGUGUUAUAUCAGUUAAGACCGGAUUCCGCCAUUUUAAAGGGACUCUGGGUUUCAUCAGUGUUCGUUUACAUAAAUUCUGGGCUGAAUCCUUUUCUCUAUUCCUGGAGGCUCGCAAGAUUUCGGGACUCUCUCAAGUGUCUGUUAACCAAUAGAAAGGAUCAAGGAAUCCAGCAAGAACAUAUAGAGCUCGAACAGUUUGAUACGCGGCUGUAG